UAAUGUUGCGCGCUCAGCCAGGCGAUCCCUGCUUGCUGUUUCUCCAUCUCAAGUGUCCUCUCCUUUAAUCCUUCUUGUUUGAUCCUCUGGAUCUAAUUGCAGUGCUGUCGGAUCUUCACCACUCCGCACGAGGUCUCCCUCCCAUCUAAUACGACACAUACGUCUCCUUCCGACUGUCUUAGUCGGGAGCGCCAUGUUCGCCGCCUGCAAACCACAACUUUGAGGGCCAUGUGCAAACCACUCAUUCCCUAAAUCAGUCUGCAGCACUGGUCUUCUCGCGGGCUCGGGCUGUUGAUUUCAAGAGAGCACACGUUGUUCUGUGGGAGGCCAACUGCAUCCAGCAUCUUCACAAAAAAUAGUUCUUGCACAUUUCCAGCCGUAUUGGGAAAACUAAGACCAGUUCGAUCUCGCGAUCGACUUCAGUCAUGACAAUUUCACCCAACACGAGACGGCUUGCCGCAAUUGUUGUGGUUCUGGUCAUACUAUGCCUCUUCCUGCGGUCGACCUCUUCGUCCACAGCCGAUUCUGCCUUGAUCCAUCCGACAGCCCAAGCGGCAGACCAGCCUUCAAGAUCGUACCCUCCUCCGAAAGCCGGGCAGAAAACCACGUCAGACGAGAGCACCCUACGAAUCCUUGCUUCGAAGCCCUUGCGGGAGCGCCUACGCUACCAUUUCCCGUACGAUGUCGAGACCAAAUUUCCUGCAUAUGUAUGGCAAACGUGGAAAGAAGGACCUGGGUCCGGGAAAUUCGAAGCAAGAUUAAGACCAUUUGAAGCAUCUUGGACGACAUUACAUCCUGGGUUCGUCCACGAGGUGGUCACGGAUGAUGCUGCCGUUCAUCUCAUCAACUAUCUCUAUGCGUCCACACCCGAUGUGGUCGAAGCGUACGAAGCCAUGCCUCUACCGGUACUCAAAGCCGACUUCUUCCGUUACUUGAUCUUGCUCGCUCGUGGUGGUAUAUACAGUGAUAUUGACACUUCAGCAAUAAAAUCUGCCACCGAAUGGCUUCCCGAGAGCCUCGACAAGUCUCAGGUUGGUCUGGUGGUCGGGAUCGAAGCUGAUCCCGAUAGACCAGAUUGGAACGAAUGGUAUGCUAGAAGGAUACAAUUCUGCCAGUGGACGAUCCAGUCUAAACCGGGCCACCCUGUGUUGAGGGAUAUUGUGGCCUCUAUUACGGAAGACACCCUGGCUAUGAAAAAAGCUGGCCAUCUGCGAGCGGGCCAAACUCCCCACAAGAGCAUCAUGGAGUACACAGGCCCUGGAGUCUGGACCGAUACCCUCUUUUCAUAUUUCAAUAACAGGGAUUUCUUCGACUUUAGUACCCGACGAUCAAAUAUCACAUAUUCAGACUUCUUUGCCCUUAAGGAACACAAGAAAAUUGGCGAUGUCAUUGUGCUGCCCAUUACGAGUUUCAGUCCCGGAGUCGGUCAAAUGGGUGCUGAGGGUGCAGAUCACCCUAUGGCGUUUGUAAAGCAUGAGUUUGAUGGAUCAUGGAAGCCAGCAGAGGAACGGAUGAAGCGCACAUAGAGAGCCAUAUGUGCUUUCUCCAUUGUAAUUAUACGCUUUGUUUUAUGGCACCAAAAAGUCUUGGGGGCGUUUUUAAGCAUACAGCAAGGUUCCCUCGUUACAAAAGAUAGAGAGAGGGAGUAUUGGAACAAUAAAACAAGCGGCGGACUCGGAAAAUCCCAAUGCGCACACUCAGCGUCACUGCACAUAUGAGAAAAGGCGUUCAGAGUCGGGCACAGGGCAGCAUUAAUGACGGCAUGUGGCAUCUGUGCAGACAUUUUAUUAUUGAUCAACCUGACACAAUAUUGGCAAUGCUACGGAGUACGGAACAUUGAGUAGGAAUAGUACACGUAGCAUACUGUAGUUUUAUGUCGCUAUGUAUAUAUCCUCCAAUAAAUGGAGGCAACUUCGUGUCAUUAAGCGAGUAGAUGUGCGGAAAGGCCGAUCGC